AUGGCGUCCACCGCGAUUCCCCCUACUCUGUAUCGAAUCACGAGCUCUCAACACUGCCGACUGCAAGCGCAAGAGGCCGCGCCGUGCGCCCAAUUCGCAAGAGGCCAGACUAGCGGUUCGCUUCGUUUGCCAUCUCGCGGCGCUGCUGCUGCCGGCAGGGGUCGCACGGGAUCGGCGAUUUCGCGUCGUCGGUUGGCGACUGUCGCCGCGACGGGCACGAAUGUCGCUGCAGAUGCGGAAGUGGACUUGUACGGGCUUCUCGGGCACCUCCUGCCUGCCCGUCCCUCACUCCCAUCCUGGCUCCUCUCUUCGUCGUAUCUGCCUCAUGCCGCGUCUCUGUCUCCUCUCUGCCUUCUCCGUGCCCUCCUCCCUGCCCUCCUCUCCGCCUCCCUCUCCCUGCAGUACCACCCAGAUGUCAACAGCGACCCGGGGGCGGCAGACACGUUCAUUCAGCUCAGUAACGCGUACGAGGUGUUGGUGGACGAGGAGCAGCGGGCGCUGUACGACCGGUUUGGGGCGGCAGCGCUGAGCCGCGACUUCAUGGCGGGCAGAGCGGGCACGGAGCGCAAGGGAGCGGCGUGGGAGGCGUUUGACACGUGGGACGAGUUCCAACCGUUCCAGCGCAAGACGCGCAAGGGCGAUGCGAGGCAGGCAGCAGCAGCCAGGUGGUCGUCAGACAGCGAGAGUGAGGGCGAGGGCGAGGGCGAGGCAGAGGGCGGGGUGGUGGAGGCGGUGACAGGGGAUGUGGUGGAGUACCCGCUCUCUGCUGCCGUCAGGGACAGAUUCGAUGACGGCCGCAUCAAAGGCGUUGGCUUUGUGGUUGGCCGCAACAAAGACCGUGGCGAUCGCCACAAGCUCCCACCCGAGAACCUAGGGCUGGUGGAGAUAGAGCCACUGUUUCAGGAGGCAGGCGAGGACGUGUGGCAGACAGACGCUCUCGAGAGUGCCGCCUUCGCCUCUCUGCCCGACCUCAGAGUGCUGCGCACCCCCCCCUGCCUCCUCCCACUCUGUGCCCUUCCAUCCCCCGCUCCACUCAAUGCCCAUCAAUCCCCCCUCUGCUCUGUGCCCUGCCAUCUCUCCCCCUCCCCCCCCACCCUUUUGCUUUGUGCCCUGCCAUCUCUCCCCCCCCCCAAUUCCUGCUCUAUGCCCUACCAUUCCCCCUGCCCCCCCUGCCGUGUGCCCUGCCCCCACCAUGCAUGCGGGCAGGAGUUUGACAAGAGGACCGACUCGUGGCGCAUCCUGGAUGCGCUGUCUCCGGGGUGUGGGAGCCCCGUGUACGACGAGGAGAUCAUCGUAUAG